AUGUACCGCAGCCUCGGCCACCAGCGGAUCUUCUGCACCAUCUCUCUGUGCACCUACGCAGCCAGCGUGACCUACGACCUCUCCAGGAACCCUCCCUUCAUCUACGGGCUGCCGGCAGACGUCGACCACGGUUAUGGCUGGUCCAUCUGCUGCGCCUGGGCCAGCCUCGGGCUUGCCGUGGCCGCCGGCUGCCUCGGCACUACCUUCCCCUUCCUGAGCCGCACUGGAGCCCUGCGCUCCAAAACCGCCCGCGAGUCCUCCGUCUGAGCUGCCGCUGACCACGCAGGAAGGGGGUGGGCACUACGGGGGGCGGGGCCUCCAGGUGCAGCCACCGGCGUUGAGUCUCUAAAACGUGUUCACUUUUUACUCCGGAGCAAAGUGUUUGUACGACAGAAGUGUGUCUGUACACCACAGCGCCCCCCAAAGGCUGCUGAGAGCUUAUCAUGUGGACACACACACUUCAGACACACACACUCAUUGCAGACACACGUACACACACACUUCAGACA